UUUAAUGGGUUGAAUACAAACAUAGUGUAACAGUAAUAUACGACUGUGUUGUUACAACAGUGAGAUCGUUUUUAUUUGUUGGUAGAACCGCCGGCUCGAGCUCUGUGUAAAGCUUCAAAUUUUUCACUCGGGAUCGUCUUUGAAAUUGAUUGUUGCGGCGGUGCUUCUUGCACAGAAAUGGCAUCAAUAUCGGCGACACAUCAGCGCAGUAUGAGCCCGGGGUCCAUACCGCUGGCAGACGCUCUAGUCCCCGCCAGCAUAUUUGCACCGGACCGGGGAGGGUUCGGCGAGGAUGUCGGGGACGAGAGCUUCGAGGACGUGGACAUGGUUAACGGCGAGACCGAGGAUCGCGGUGUGGACUUUACCAACAAGCUGGCACUGGUUAGCCCCAAUGGAGAGCAGUACGACUCAUUAGUUCGCCAGCUGCGGGACAGGAUGGAAGAAGGCUGUGGAGAGACCAUCUAUGUGGUUGGAAUGGGCUCAGAUGGUGGUGACUGGGGUCUGGAUGAAAAGGAUAUGGAGGCCUCAGUGGCUACAGUUCGAUCUAUGUGUGAACAGCUGGAUGCUGACCUCAUCCCGCUCCGGGAGCGCAGUGAGGCUGCUGGUUUUGUGCAGGACUUUCUCAUUCGCCGGCGAGUGGGAGAGCUCGACUUCCUGGAAGUCAGAGUGGCAGUUGUGGGGAACGUGGACGCCGGUAAGAGUACCCUGCUGGGGGUGUUAACACAUGGCGAGCUGGACAAUGGCAGAGGCUUUGCCCGACAGAAGCUCUUCAGACACAAGCACGAGAUGGAGAGCGGCAGGACAAGCAGCGUGGGUAAUGAUAUCCUGGGCUUCGACCAGUCAGGACAGGUAGUGAACAAGCCAGACAGUCAUGGAGGAAGUCUGGACUGGACAAAAAUCUGUGAGAAGUCCUCCAAGGUUAUAACAUUCAUUGACCUGGCUGGCCAUGAGAAGUAUCUCAAGACCACCGUAUUUGGAAUGACUGGACACCUUCCGGACUUCUGCAUGCUCAUGGUGGGCAGUAAUGCAGGUAUUGUUGGAAUGACCAAAGAGCACCUGGGCCUGGCCUUAGCUCUGAAUGUGCCUGUGUUUGUCGUGGUCACAAAGAUUGACAUGUGUCCAGCCAAUAUCCUACAAGAGACAUUGAAGCUGCUCCAGAGGUUACUGAAAUCCCCCGGUUGUAGGAAGAUCCCAGUCCUGGUGCAAAACAAGGAUGACGUCAUAGUCACAGCCUCUAACUUCAGCUCCGAGAGGAUGUGCCCCAUUUUUCAGAUCUCUAAUGUGACUGGAGAGAACAUGGACCUGCUUAAGAUGUUUCUCAACCUGCUGUCGUCAAGGACCUCUUACAGAGACGACCAGCCUGCAGAGUUUCAGAUAGACGACACCUACUCUGUGCCGGGGGUAGGAACAGUAGUAUCUGGAACGACUUUACGAGGACUCAUACGUCUUAAUGACACCAUGUUGUUAGGUCCUGACCCUCUGGGCAGCUUUAUUCCAAUUGCUGUCAAAUCAAUCCACCGCAAGAGAAUGCCUGUCAAGGAAGUCAGAGGCGGCCAGACCGCAUCAUUUGCUCUGAAAAAGAUCAAGCGUUCGUCGAUACGAAAAGGCAUGGUGAUGGUUUCCCCGAGAUUAAGCCCCCAAGCCACCUGGGAGUUUGAGGCUGAGAUCCUGGUACUUCAUCACCCCACCACGAUAUCCCCAAGAUACCAGGCCAUGGUUCACUGUGGUAGCAUACGGCAGACAGCUACCAUCUUGUCCAUGAACAGAGACUGUUUGCGGACAGGGGACAAAGCUUCAGUUCACUUCCGCUUCAUUAAAACCCCCGAAUACCUGCACUGUGACCAGAGACUGGUGUUCAGAGAGGGACGCACCAAAGCUGUGGGGACCAUCACUAAGCUUUUGCAGUCCACCAAUAAUUUGCCAUCAAAUUCCAAACCUUCGCAAAUCAAAAUGCAGUCUACAAAAAAGACCACACCCCGUAAAGAGGAUGGCACCACAGCAGCCAACGAUGAUGCAGCAACGAUAUCACAGUCAGCUGGUCCAAACGUGACACAAACGGGAGAGGGAGAUGAAGACCCUCAGAUAAAAGAGGGCAACAAAGAAAACAAGCCAAAGUCAGGAGGAGGUGGAAGGCGGCGAGGUGGGCAGAGGCACAAAGGAAAAGGCCAGAACAGCAGCACCCACUCAACAGCACCUGCUUCUUCAUCAGGCCCGGGGGGCUGCUGAAUGUUGAACCUGCCAUCUGCCGCUACCCCCCCCCCCCCCCCCAUACGUCCCGUCCACAUAGUGUCUUCAUCGCACAAACCUCAAAAGGAAAUCAACAUUUGGACCAAGAUGCUCCUUUCCACACCAGGGACCCAUUUCAGAAAGGUGGUUAAAAAAACAAAACAAACAAAAAAGAAAAACUCUGAAGCUUCCAUGCUUCCUGAGUUUUUAGUGAAACCAGCUUUGUGAAGCAGACCCCGGACUUCAAUUUGAAAGUAAACAUGAACCAUGUGACAAAUCGGAAGGCACAUUCCGUUCAUGCAUUUUUAAUAUAAGCCGUCUUCACGAGGUUGAGUGAUUUCAGUGCUGGAGUGCAGUGAGACUGGUCUCAGUCAGAAUGUUCUGUGGUUAUAACCAUAUUUAAAAAUGCACAGUUCCAAACAACUACUUCUACAUCAGUGACGGACGAGGUUUUUGACCUCCAAAACAUCAAUCUGCUGCAAAUCGUGAAUUAUCCACAAACC